UGUAUGCAGUGCGCAUGAUCAGCAAGAAGAAAUGGUUUGAACCGAGCAGUUUUCGGAUGAAAAUAAAGUUAUGGUUUUGAGUUAAUAGUUCGCGAUGACCUUAAGCGGUUGUCAACAUUUACAAAAAAUAAAAACAGAAAAAGGUCUUGAUUCAUACAAAAUCCUCCAUGCAUGCUUCAUAAGUUGUAAAACAGCGGAUGCAAGGCGUCGCAAGGCCCGACACAGUGUUUGCCACACGUGUCGUGUGUAUGAGUUGCGACUGCACGCUUGCAUGUCCUGCGUCUACUUCGGCUGCCAUCAAGAUGAGCACAUUCAGAGUCAUGCAAGAGCAAAUGAACACUGGAUAGCUGUUGACAUGUCCUAUGGCAUGGUAAGAUGCUUUGCCUGUGACGAUUACGUGUAUGACAAGGACAUUGACAAAAUUGCCAAAACUCUCAACUACAGGUCUUCCAUACCAGCUGCUCUUAAUCAGUUUGCUGUUUGGCAGCCUAAUCACAAAGAAGUUGAAUUGCUGCAUAAGAAUUGUAAGAGGCGACGGGUGGAGGAUUCGUCAACAAUAGGCCUUCGAGGACUGAUCAAUCUCGGCAACACAUGUUUCAUGAACACGAUCGUGCAGGCACUGAUCCAUACGCCGGUGCUCAGAGAGUACUUUCUGGCAGACAGGCACGUCUGUCAGUUGCUGAAGGAAGAAAAUGAGCAGUGUCUUGUCUGUGAGCUGUCCAGCAUUUUUCAAGAGUUUUACUCUGGCAUCAGUUCGACGUACAUUCCGUACCGACUUUUGCACCUAGUUUGGACCAGUGCGCGACAUCUAGCCGGAUACGAACAACAGGAUGCUCAUGAGUUCCUGAUUGCAGCUCUGGACCUGUUGCAUCGUCACUGUAUAGCUGGACCUAACGAUCGCAGUGGAAGCAGUCCACACAACUGCCAAUGCAUCAUAGACCAGAUAUUCACAGGCGGAUUGCAGUCUGACGUUACGUGCCAAAUGUGCAAUAAUGUGUCGACCACUAUAGACCCGAUAUGGGAUAUAUCUUUGGACCUUGGAACACGUCUUUACAAUGGCUCAAACACAACAAAUAUCUCUGGCUAUUCUAACAGCCCCAGCAAUUAUGACCCUACCUCACUCAUUGACUGCUUAAAAAGAUUUACAAAGCCAGAACAUCUAGGGAGUUUGGCUAAAAUCAAGUGCAGCAGUUGUGGUUGUUACCAGGAGUCCACGAAACAACUUACGAUGAAGAAGCUACCCAUUGUUGCCUGCUUUCACCUCAAGAGAUUUGAACAUUCUACGGGUUACCACAAGAAGAUCUCGACCUAUGUGUCCUUUCCCGAGGAGUUGGACAUGACGCCAUUUAUGUCCUCGUCGAAGAUACAAAAUGGUGAUAUCAACGGUUGUACCAAAGGGCUUUCCUGUAAAAACAAGUACUCAUUGUUUUCCGUGGUAAAUCACAGUGGAACAAUUGAGUGUGGGCACUACACGUGUUAUAUACGACAGCACAAGAACCAGUGGUUCAAAUGCGAUGAUCACCUUAUAACGCGUGCACUACCUCAAGAGGUGCUCAACAGCGAAGGAUACCUGUUGUUUUACCACAAGCAGAUUCUAGAGUAUGAAUGAAUUUGAAUGAUUACGAGAAAGAGCGGGGUUCACCACAGUAUUACAAGCUAACAGCCAUGUUAGAAUCAAGUCUUCAUAUUUUUUGUAGUCGCAAAUGGAGCUUUGUAAUAGUUCAGUGUUAAAAAUAAUUGUCAUUUGUUGUUGUCAGUAAUUUUUAUAUUACGCUAAAGAAUAAUAGUAAUACUGGUAAUAUAAUUGUCCCCUACCGGUUUCACCAGAGGGGACUUAUGGUUUGCGCUCUAUGUGUCCGUCAGUCUGCGAGUCUGUCACACUUUCUGGAUCCUGCGAUAACUUAAAAAGUUCUUAAUAUUUUUUCAUGAAACUUGAAACAUGGAUAGAUGGCAAU